AUGGAAGGACACACCAAGUACAGCAGCCUCUCUGUAUUUGCUUGUAUUUCCUGUCCCAGCGAUCAGCUGGGGGUGUUCAGAUCAGGGUUGAUCGAGUUAACAGGUCCUAUGGGAUCAAGAGCCAGCAAGCUGAGCAAAAUCGCCGGGCAGCAGCAAGGAGCGAGGCGGCUGGAGGGCGGCCCGGCAACCCCGAGAGGAUACGUUCCGGUAUGCGUGGGAUUGAAUGACGAUACCAAGCGGUUCAUCGUCCACACAAGAGCUCUCACGGAUGCAGACUUCAUCCAGCUGCUGCGCAAGUCAGCCGAGGAAUUUGGGUUCUGCAGCGAGGGGGUGUUGAGGAUACCAUUUGCAGCUGAAGAUUUCGAAGACUGGAUCGCCAGAGCUUCGAAGACGAAAGAUUUAAGGGUGAAGCCGGCUUAA